AUCGCCAGAGUUCUCAAAGAAAACCCUAGCCAGGUUGAACCCAAGUACUUGGUGGGCGACCGGUUUGUUACGCUGAGAGAGAAGCAAAGCUCUCAUAAAGAUGAGAUCUUUAAGCUGAGCAAGGUCGUGAAGCGAUUGUUUGGGGAAAGUGAGGGUAAAAGCGUAGGAGAUGAUAAGGGAGGGGGUUCGUCGAAUCCAGUUUAUCUUAAGGAUCUUUUGAGGGAGUUUAAGGGGAACCUUUACGUUCCUGAGGAGGUUUUUAGGGCAAAUUUGUCGGAGGAGGAGGAAUUCGAGAGGGAUUUGAAGGAGUUGCCGGUGAUGAGCUUUGAAGAUUUCCAGAAGCAUUUGAAAGCUGAUAAGAUCAAGCUGCUGACGUCGAGAUCAAUGGCUGGUGUUUCUCCUCAGAUUGGGUUUAGGGAUUUUGUGGUGGAAUUGAAGGAUAUUAUUGGGGAUAAGACUUUGCAGAAGACGAAAUGGUCAAUUAGGUUAACAGCGAGUCAAGCAAGGGAAGUCCUGGAGGAGUAUCGAGGACCGCAAUAUGAGAUCGAGAAGCAUACUAUGGUUAGCUGUAUUGAAACUGAAAAUUAUGUCUCUAACAUCAUGUUGGCUUCUUCUAUAUCAAGCAGAAUGAUGGUUGAGCUUGGGAUGGUUACAGCUCUGAUAGCUGCAGCAGCAGCAGUGAUAGCUGGUUUUGUGGGAUCUGCAGUUUUUGCCGUCACUAGUUUUGUAUAUGCUGCUACCAUAUAUGUUGUGUGGCCUUUAGCCAGACCAUUUGUUAAACUUGCACUUGGUAUUGUAUCCAAUAUCGCUGAGAGGAUAUGGGAAUAUGUUAUCGAUAUCUUUAGUGAGGGAGGUAUUAUUUCAAAACUAAGUGAAUUUUAUACCUUUGGUGGUGUCUCUGCCAGUCUUGAGAUGCUGAAACCAAUCCUUCUGGUAUUUGUAACUAUGGUUCUUCUUGUUCGGUUUACUCUGUCAAGGAGACCAAAGAACUUCAGAAAAUGGGAUAUAUGGCAAGGCAUAGAAUUCGGCCAGUCAAAGCCACAAGCUAGAGUGGAUGGUUCUACAGGAGUGAAAUUCAAUGACGUGGCAGGGAUUGAUGAAGCAGUGGAGGAACUCCAAGAGCUAGUCAGAUAUUUGAAGAAUCCAGAACUAUUUGAUAAAAUGGGGAUUAAACCACCACAUGGUGUCCUCUUGGAGGGUCCUCCUGGAUGUGGGAAGACACUAGUUGCAAAGGCCAUUGCUGGUGAAGCGGGUGUACCCUUUUACCAAAUGGCUGGUUCUGAGUUUGUUGAAGUUUUGGUUGGUGUUGGUUCUGCUCGCAUCAGGGACCUUUUCAAGAGAGCCAAGGUAAACAAACCCUCAGUUGUAUUUAUUGAUGAAAUUGAUGCGCUGGCAACUAGGCGCCAAGGAAUUUUUAGUGAAUCAACCAACUAUCUUUAUAAUGCUGCAACACAAGAGAGAGAGACUACUCUUAAUCAGCUCUUGAUUGAACUUGAUGGUUUUGAUACCGGAAAGGGUGUGAUAUUCUUAGGUGCUACUAAUCGUAUGGAUUUAUUAGAUCCUGCACUUCUUCGACCAGGUCGCUUUGACAGAAAGAUACGAAUCCGUCCUCCAGGGGCAAAAGGGCGGUUAGACAUCUUAAAAGUCCAUGCUCGCAAAGUCAAAAUGUCACCUUCUGUUGACCUAUCGACAUAUGCUCAAAACUUACCUGGAUGGACGGGAGCUAAGUUAGCACAACUUAUGCAGGAGUCUGCUUUGAUAGCUGUCAGGAACAGGCAUGACUCAGUUCUCCAAUCUGACAUUGAUGAUGCUGUUGAUCGGUUAACAGUUGGGCCUAGACGCGUAGGAUUUGAAUUAGGUCAUCAAGGACAGUGCAGAAGAGCUACAACUGAGGUUGGACUUGCAAUAACAUCCCAUCUAUUGAGACGCAAUGAAGAUGCUAAAGUUGAAUCCUGUGAACGUAUCUCAAUCAUUCCUCGUGGCGAGACACUGUCUCAAAUUGUAUUUCAUCGUCUUGAUGAAGAGCUUUACAUGUUUGAAAGACGGCCACAAUUACUUCAUCGCCUUCAGGUUCUACUAGGAGGGAGAGCUGCUGAAGAGGUGAUAUACGGUCGAGAUACAUCAAAAACAUCCCUGAAGUAUCUGGAGGAUGCAACUUGCCUUGCUCGCAAAAUACUAACCAUUUGGAAUUUGGAGAACCCUAUGACAAUACAUGGUGAACCGUUUCCUUGGAGGAAAAAACCUACCUUUGUCGGUCCGCGAUUGGACUUCGAAGGAUCAUUGUAUGAUGACUACGGUCUCAUUGAGCCUCCAGUUAACUUUGAUUUGGAUGAUCGAAUUGCCGAAAGGACUGAAGAACUGAUGCAUGAAAUGUAUGGUAAAACAGUUUCUUUGUUGAGGAGGCAUUUUGCAGCUCUUGUGAAAACAGUGAAGGUACUCUUGGAUAGCAAGGAAAUUAGUGGAGAUCAAAUAGAGUUCAUUCUAAAUAAUUAUCCGCCGGAGACUCCUGUUAAGCUUGUAUUGGACGAGAAAAAUCCUGGGAGUCUUCCAUUGUUCAAGUUGGAGGAGGACCAUGAUCUGAAGUUGAUGCCCCUAGUCUCGUUGGAGGAAUCAGUUUAAGGUUUGAUCAGUAUAGAAUUCUCUCGUUCUCCUUCGAAGAUGGGGUAAUGGCUUGAAGAACAAAAUGAGAUGCCAACGGAAGUAUUGCCAUUUUUUACUGUUACGGCUUUUGUUUAUGGAAUUAUCCCGGCCACAUGAAGAAGAUGAGAAUCAAGAAGAUGAGAUUUUGAUGUAAGUUAUUUCUGCUUUGUUUUGUAAUUGUAUUCAGAAAUAUUAGAAUCGUUUUUUUCUUGAGCGUAUCAGGGAGAACCUCCGGUACGCUGUUCUGUCCAAGCCUGGCUGAGAAAGAAUUGCAUAGAGUAAAAAUAUAAAGAGGCUGAUUCCAAAUGUAAUGAAGAUUUCCUCUCACA